UAGCGCACAUCAUGGUCCCUCUCUGUCCAAAUGCAUGUAUUUCCACAUUAAAAUAUGCUUUUAUCCCGAAAAUUAUGUCUUACAAGAACAUGGUUCCAUGCCCCCACAUGGCUUCCCAAGUCAGCCCACAGCUAGCUGUGUUUGAUCAUAAUUUUAGUUUUUUUUUUUUUUUAAUAACUAUUUUGCAGCUUAAUUUAAAGGCCAAAAUAUGGGUGUCUUUUACUGGUUGAAAUCCGAGAGGAACUACUUUUGUGUGGAACCAUGGAGCCUGUUGGUGAUGACCCAAUUGAGCAAUCUGCAAGUAGGAAAGAAGACAAUGUGGAAGAAGCCAAUGAUCUUUUGGAAGAGUGUUGGUUCUUUGAUAACUUGCUCAACAGGAAACAGAAGAUGCUAAGGUGUUUUUCUGAUCCUCAUAGCAACUCAUCAGAUUUUGGCCAAGAAAUGUCAGUGAAGAUGAAUAAGGCCACAGAAGGCGGUGGAUUUUCCAGUCCAAAUUUGGUUCGGACACCAUCGUUGCCGCUUCAUAUAGGGAGGCAGGAGAAUGUUCAAGUGAAGCAAAGUGGUGGUAAGAGUGGCGUGAGCAAAUUGAAAAGGCAAACGUCGCAUCAGAAGAUGCUGCAGACAACAACGUCCCAACCGCCGGUUUGUAUUCGGAGGAGGACAGGAGUUCAGGAUAGAGAAAGUGAUAUCAGAAGAAGUCAAGUAAAUGGGCAACCGGUGCGUCACAAUUUGCUCAGGACACCCUCCUUGCCACCAUGCCUAGGAAGAGAAGAGAGAACCCAAGAAAGUGUUCCACAAAGACACAAGGUACUAGCUAGCUAUGACCAUUAUGUUUUUAGAAAUGAGGCGCGAUGCCCUAAUCAACUGACGACGAGAAAGAGCCUAAGUGAUCUUGAAAUUGAAGAACUGCAAGGGUUCAAGGACUUGGGGUUCACAUUUGACAAGGAAGAGUUGAGCCCUAGUGUGGUGAACAUACUUCCUGGGUUGCAAGAAAAGAAGACAAGUGAAGAUUUGAACCCGGCACAUGUUAGGAGGCCUUAUCUUUCUGAGGUGUGGCUGGCGCAAAGCUGCGCAGCCCCGCCACCUCCAAAUUUGGGUGCAACUAAGUCUGCUGAAGACAUGAAGGCACAGAUCAAGUUCUGGGCUAGAACUGUGGCUUCUAAUGUGCGCUAGGGAGUUUUAUUUUGUGAUAUUUAACUUGAUUUACAUACCGAUCGAUUUAUGUAGUCUGAUUGUAUUAAAAAAAGUAACAUCCAGUAAUCCAUUCAAACCAAUUAAUCCAACCCAAUUUGAUUCGCUUCAAUAACUUUGAUGAUCUGAUUGGAUCAUCAAAUUCAAAAAUCUGUGUGAGAUAGAGAGAGGGAGAGGGAGUUGCAAUUGUCUAAUCUCAAUGAUCCGUUCUCAUGUGAUACUCGAGUUUCUAUUGUAUUAUUUCACUUCAUAUGUAUUAUUUGUCGUUUUUAUUUUGCAAAA